GCGGCGGGGAGGACGCCCGAGAGCUGCGCGGCGCGGGCCGGCGCGGAGGGGCAGCCCCGGCGGGCGGCGGCGGGCCCGGCUGCGCCCCGAGCGAGCCCCAUGCCCCGCGCGGGCUGACGGGCCGGAGCCCGCACGGAGCGGCCGGGCGGGACAGGUCCCGUUAGAGCGACAUGAUGGUGGAAUCCGCCUCGGAGACAAUCAGGUCGGCUCCGUCAGGUCAAAAUGGCGUGAGCAGCCUCUCUGGGCAGACCGACGGUGGCGGUGGCGGUGGCGGAGGUGCUGGGGCCACAGGGACGGCUGGAGGCAGCAUGGGCAGGGACACAGCCCCCGGCGCAGACAGCAACGGCGAGAUGAGUCCGGCGGAGCUGCUGCAUUUCCAGCAGCAACAGGCUCUCCAGGUGGCCAGGCAGUUCCUGCUGCAGCAGGCCUCGGGCCUGAGCUCCCCGGGCAACAAUGACAGCAAGCAGUCCGCCUCUGCCAUGCAGGUGCCCGUGUCAGUGGCCAUGAUGUCGCCGCAGAUGCUCACCCCCCAGCAGGUACAGCAGAUCCUGUCGCCCCCGCAGCUGCAGGCCCUGCUCCAGCAGCAGCAGGCACUCAUGCUGCAGCAGCUGCAGGAGUAUUACAAGAAGCAGCAGGAGCAGCUCCACCUACAGCUCCUCACCCAACAGCAGGCUGGGAAACAGCAACCCAAGGAGGCACUGGGGAACAAGCAGCUGGCCUUCCAGCAGCAGCUCCUGCAAAUGCAACAGCUGCAGCAGCAACACCUGCUCAACCUGCAGAGGCAGGGGCUGGUCAGCCUGCAGCCCAGCCAAGCCUCCGGGCCCCUGCAGACUCUCCCUCAAGCAGCCGUGUGCCCGACGGAGCUGCCCCAGCUGUGGAAGGGCGAGGGUGCCCCCGGGCAGCCUGCCGAGGACAGCGUCAAGCAGGAGGGGCUGGACCUCACCGGCUCGGCCGCCAUCGCUACCUCGUUCUCCGCCCCUCCCAAGGUCUCGCCCCCCCUCUCCCACCACACCCUGCCCAAUGGACAGCCCACUGUGCUCGCAGCUCGGAGAGACAGCUCCUCCCUCGAGGAGACCCCCAGCUCCCACCCCCUCUACGGACACGGAGAGUGCAAGUGGCCAGGCUGCGAGACCCUGUGCGAAGACCUGGGCCAGUUUAUCAAACACCUCAACACAGAGCACGCCCUGGACGACCGGAGCACGGCCCAGUGCCGGGUGCAGAUGCAGGUGGUGCAGCAGCUGGAGAUCCAGCUGGCCAAGGAGAGCGAGCGGCUGCAGGCCAUGAUGGCCCACCUGCACAUGCGGCCCUCGGAGCCCAAGCCCUUCAGCCAGCCGGUGACCGUCUCUGCAGCAGACUCCUUCCCAGAUGGUCUUGUGCACCCCCCGACCUCAGCCGCCGCCCCCGUCACCCCCCUGCGGCCCCCCGGCCUCAGCUCGGCCUCCCUGCACGGCGGGGGCCCGGCCCGCCGGAGAAGCAGCGACAAGUUCUGCUCCCCCAUCUCCUCAGAGCUGGCCCAGAACCACGAGUUCUAUAAGAACGCUGACGUCAGGCCACCUUUCACCUACGCCUCCCUCAUCCGCCAGGCCAUUCUGGAAACCCCCGACAGGCAGCUGACCCUGAAUGAGAUCUAUAACUGGUUCACCAGGAUGUUUGCCUACUUCCGCAGAAACACUGCCACCUGGAAGAAUGCCGUGCGCCACAACCUCAGCCUGCACAAGUGCUUCGUCCGCGUGGAGAACGUCAAGGGCGCUGUGUGGACCGUGGACGAGCGAGAGUACCAGAAGCGGAGACCGCCAAAGAUGACAGGGAGCCCCACGCUGGUGAAGAACAUGCUCUCGGGCCUCAGUUACGGAGCACUUAAUGCCAGCUACCAGGCCGCCCUGGCCGAGAGCAGCUUCCCCCUCCUCAACAGCCCGGGCGUGCUGAACCCUGGCUCGGCCAGCAGCCUGCUGCCCCUCAGCCAUGAGGAUGUGGGCGCUCCCGUGGAGCCGCUGCCCAGCAACGGAAGCAGCAGCCCCCCCCGCCUCUCCCCACCCCAGUACAGCCACCAGGUGCAGGUGAAAGAGGAGCCAGCGGAGGCGGAGGAAGACAGGCGGCCUGGGCCCCCCCUUGUGCCCCCCAACCCCGGCACGGUGGGGCCUCCGGAAGACAGGGACCUGGAGGAGGAGCUGCCGGGAGAGGAACUGUCCUAAGGACCUGUAGGGGUGGGCAGGGCAGGGGUGAGACCCCUCCUGCCCUGGCCCUGGGCCCCCUGCCCCCACUCCACAGCCCCUCCCGAACCUCAAGGCACUUCCAGAACUCAGAUUGUGGGGGGGGGGGGGCCUGGGCCAGCAACUCCCAGUGUGACCUGACUGACAGACGCCUGGGGGCAGGGACAGCCCCACACCUCCCCCCGCUCCCCGGGGACUCCGAACCCCUGGUCUGGGAUCAUAGAGGACACGGAGGGCCCAGACCCCUCUCCGACCCUCCCCUACAUCUGAUUCCCACCCCCCACCCCCAACCACCAGCAGUAGCAGGGCCCUCCUCCCCCACCAGCUCUCCCCACAGGGCCCCUCAGCGCCAUGGAGACCCGCAGGCGGGGCUACGUCACGCUCCAACCCCAGCCCGCACCUGGCUCUGGCAGUGGUUUUUGGCCAGAGGCCCCCAACUUCCCUAAUCUGUGCCCCUUUCUGCCGCCUUUUCCGUACUGUGAAGAAAGAGCCCACCCCCAGCUGCCACCCCUGGCCGGCCCGGCGGGGGAUGGAGGCUUCAGACCAGCCCCAGAGAAAGCAGGCCCUGGCUGUUGGGGUGGGACCAGCUGUGUGCCCUGCAGGCCCCUCCCCCACCCCCACGCCCCUUUACUGGGUGCUGCCCUGCCCACCUGCAGAGGUCUGUGCCAGGUGGACCAGUGCCCAGGAGGCCGGAGCUGGGGCAAGGGCAGCGCCUGGAUGGUGGGGAGGUGGCCAGGGUGCAGGGAAGAGGGGGCUGAGACCAGCUUCGCUGCCCCAGCCUGCGGGCCCCCAGCACCCUCCCUGUCCCCCCAGUUAAACGGAUGACCAAAGACCUUUCUUAUGCCGGAAGCAAAAACCAAAACUUUCUGUUGGCUUUUUCCUUUGUCGCCUCCUGCACACCCUCUCCCGGCCCCCACGCCCUGGCCCCAGGCUGGAAGCCCUCCCUCCACUUAAGUUAUUGUUUUAAACCAAAGUUUACAGCAUCUGUUGGUGGCAAGACCCUCUCCCUCCACCCUUCCUCCGUCAGAUUCAGUAGCGGCUGGGGGCCCUGCUGACCACCCCGGGCUCUUGUCCAGCCUGGGGGAAGGAGAGAGGGCGGAGGGGAGGGGUGGGCACAGGAGCCCUGGGCCCCACCCCUGGGCUGCUUCCUGGGGGCGCUGCAGACCCCUCUCUAGGACCAAGUCCCCCAUCGUGCUGGGAAUUUGGAUUCCAGCAAAAGGGCUGGAAAAAGAAGUGAGACUGUCCCCAGACCCCCUAUGGGGGACCCCCAAUUUAAGGCCGCAAACGGGGUGUGUUGGGUGCUCGGAACACCCAGCCGGGCCCCCGGAACACCCGGCUGGGCCCCUCCGAUGAGAAGGCUCCUGGAUACUGCCCGAGACCCCCCACAUGCACCCCUCCACGAGCCACCCCUCCCGAGAGGCAGGGGCCUCCGCCCCACCCCGUGUAUCCCCCACCUGUGUUCGUUUGACCAGCACAGAAAUAUUAAACGUCCUCUAUUCACCGGG